UGGUUUACUUUGGAAUUUGAAGUACUUAGCAACGAAGCAAUGUCGUCGUCUUCUUCGUCGAAGAAAAAAAUCAUCCUAAGGAGCUCGGACGGCGAGACCUUCGAGGUCGACGAGGCCGUAGCAAUCCAGUCGGGGGUGAUCAGGCAGAGGAUCGAGAACGAUUGUGCCGACGGGGUUUUUCCGCUUGCGAAUGUCACGAGCUGUGUUCUGUCCAAGGUGAUCGAGUACUGCGAGAAGCACGCCAAAUCGGCGGCUCCUGAUUCCAAUGAUCGUGCUGCUGUCGAUCAACUCAAGAAUUUCGAUGCUCAGUUCGUGAAGGUUGAUCAGGCCAUUCUAUUUGACUUGGUCCUGGCGGCAAACUAUCUGGAAAUGAAGGGCUUGUUGGACCUGACCUGCCAGACCGUUAGAGACAUGAUUAAGGGAAAAACUCCUGAGGAAAUCAGGAAAACGUUCAACGUUGGAGAAUUUACCCCAGAGGAGGAGGAGGAGGUCCGCAGGGAGAACAGGUGGGCCUUCGAAUGACAGAUCCAAGAUGAGCCGUCACUUUUUUAGUCAAUUACCACCUUGUUAGGCUUAAUACAUAGCGGGUGUUUGGUGCUAAUUACUGUAUUUUGGCUGAUUCUAGAUUCUGGAAUUCUGGGAAACUCGUAAUCAAAUCUAUAAAAGUGUUUGGUGAAUGUAUAAAAUAUAAAUUAUGCA